AUGAAUCUACCGAAAUGUAUACCCCACUUGAUUAUGUCGUAUAAACAAAAAUGUAAAACUGUUUGUCAUCUAAUGACCACUACUUCCCUAUUAUUAAUAUCACCUUCACCGUUAUCAACGAAGUCUGAUGAAGUAAACAAACCAAAUGGUUAUAAAAUACUAAUGAAAUCAUCAUCAGUUCGAUUACGAUUAGAUAAUUUACCAACACGUGUACAACAAUAUUUUAAUUUUACUCCUUCUGAUAAACCAUCUGAAUUUAUUACUGUAUUGUCAAGUGAUAUACAAAAAGUGAUUAGGAAAACUCAUUGUUCAGUCAACUUUAUUAGUGAUGAUUUACAACCUCCGUUACUUCAACUGAUUUCCAAAGAUGAUACAUCAAAUGUCAGCAAAUCAUUACGUAAAUAUGGGAUUAAUUUGCAGGGGAAAACUCGAGUAAAAAGUCCGGGUGAAACAGGCAGAAGAUUUUUUACAAGCAGAUCAUUUUGUAGUUAUAAUUAUUAAAUUAAAACAUAUUAAAAAAUUAUUGUCGAAAAAAAUAUACAGUCUACGACUACGAAAGCGGAUGGCGGUGAACAGCAGUUGCGAAAUUUGGGGAAGGUGGAAUAUGAGAAAAAUGUUACAAAGUACGCUAGAAUAUUUGAACGUAUACCUUAUUGUAAAGUACACAAUAUUGAUCGACCGAAUGUGUUAAAUAUUGUUAUGACUCUAGAACGUAUAAAAAUAAAUUAGAACAAUAAUUAUUACCAGUUUGUUCUUUUUUUUAAUAACCAGAAUCAUGGUAUUUUCUGUUGAAAAGUCCAUCAUUUUUGGCAUAAUCAAAAACACUAGUGUUAUGUUUGUAUGAACUAAUGAUUCUUUUUGUAUUUAUGUCUAUCUGAUUUUGAAUUCCAAAUACGAUACGUUCGAUUAUGCUUACCUAGUAAUACCUGACUUAAAUUGUGUUAUUUCGGGGAGUUUAUUAUUUCACUCAAGAACUUGAAAUCAUUAGAUUCUAAUGUUGUGGUACGAAGUCCUUGGCAAGGCUCACAUGUUGGUGAUCAGAGUUAAUGCAGAUAUAUGUCGUACAGCAAGCAAAUGUAAAAAAUGUCAUCGGUUGAAAACUCAGGCUUUGAAGUGGACUCCAUGGCUAGUAUCGUCUGAGGCCUGGGAGAGAAUUCAUGCAGACUAUUGUGGUCCGUUUCUUGGCAAAUACUAUGCACUUGUAGUCAUUGCUUCUUUUUCAAAGUGGCCUGAAUUUUUUUCACAACUUCACCAAAUUCUGAUUUCACAAUCCAAGCAUUAAGAAAAGUAUUUGGUUUAAAUUGAGCUUUUCGAAGAUUUAUAGUUUGUACAGUAAUCUGAAUACUUCUAGUUAUUAUACAAUAUCAAUUACGGUCGUCAAUAACUGUGUAAAACUUCAGGUUCUUUUUAUUUUUGCGUAGUAUUCUUUACGACAAAAACAGUUUAAAAUAUAAGAAACUAUGGAGACGUGACAGGAACUGUUAAUUAUAAGCAUUAUUAAAUUCAUGAUAAUGUUUGUUAUAACUUCAUUGUGCUUGCAUUUUCUGCUUAAUUAUAUAUUCAACUUAUAAACUCAUUUUUCUGCGUCAAAUGUUGUUCUUUUUUUACCUGUAGUGAUGACUUACCAAUAAACUUUUGCACAAUU